AUUCUCAGUGAACCUCUGCGGCUCUGAGGGCCACUGCAGAAUCUACAUUUAAAACCACCCAGCCACUGGGGGUGGGGGGAGCGCCGAUUUGUGUCAAAUGACGUGACUUUCUAACGUGGUGGCGGUCUGGGUGUGUUUGUUAUCACACUGUGCUGCUACAGCGCGGCUAGUUGCGGUUGCACUGGGGAUAGAGAGACACAUAUUUCAACGCCGACAGGGUGAGUAACAUUUCUAGUGAAUUGGACGUAUGAACAAUUACUCCAGUUAUAAUGUAUAGCCUACUUUAACUGCAGCUUUAUUGAUUUGAAAUAUCUCGGGGCCGGUGUGACGUGUGCGCGGGGGCGGGCCAAGGGUUAUUUCAGGCAAUCGAUUUUCGAUGACGCGUUAUGGGACUGCAUGGACUGGACGAGCCUAGUGUGACCCUAGCUAAUCAGUCAGUUAAUCCCUUUGCAUAUUAUCUAUUAUUCGUUUUAUAAUCCAUUCUAAUAUUUCUAACACAUCGUUCAAAAUAGUCCAUACGCAAGUAGCCAUCUAGCCAAACCCUAUAAAUAUAAGCAUAACUUAAAGUUUAUACCAAUACCUGAUUAAAUCUUACUGCUACCCAUAUCUGAUUAAAAUCUAAAUGCUACACAUAUCUGAAUAGAGUCACACUAGGCUAGAGAUGAGAGAAUCGCGUCCAGUCCAUGCAACACAAGGCUAGAGAUGAGAGAAUCGCGCCCAGUCCAUGCAACACUAGGCUAGAGAUGAGAGAAUCGCGUCCAGUCCAUGCAGAGUUGUGCUGGGAGUUAAUCUCCUCCAAUUAUAAAAAUGGUUUUGCCUCUCAUUUAUGUACGGUGUCCAUCGGUUGAUACCCAUAAGUAUGUUUGAAUCAUGAAGCCACAUACAAAGUUUUGCAAUAAUAUCCCUCCAUUUAGAGCAUAUUAUAUCCAUUCAUUCCAUCCAUUCAGUAGACCAUGAAUGGUUAAAUACACAAAUAGUCCUUCUACUUCCAAGUAUGGCUGACUUUCCACACAAUAAAUAUUCAACAUUUCUGUCUAAACAAACAUGUCACCAACAUAAUAUGGUUUAAAAAGCAUAACUAAUCUAUAUGCACAACUAAUUUUAGUGAAUAGAUUUUUCUACCAAGCAUAUAUCACAGUCAUAACAAUUCAUUAACCCAUAUUAUUUUUCCUUCCAAUCAAUUCACUAUGUAUCCACCCAUACAUUCUUCCUCUCCUCACUCAGCCAUCUAUCCACCCAUCCAUAUUUCUUCCACUCACUCCACCAUCAAUCAGACAUCACACAGAUAUUCAUUGAUGAAAUUAUCUCUGUCAUUUAAUACACAGUUUCCUUUUAAAAUGAAAAAUUAAAUCACAUAAACUUGGGAAAAGCCCUCUGCAGACAUCAAAAUUAAGAUAAUAUGUGUAAAACUAUAGGUGAAACUGAGGGCAAAAGAAAUCUCAUUAAAAGGACAAAAAUAUCGCACACAUUUUGAAAUGCACUGACAACCUUGGGGGGGUGAUGUAAAGAUGAAUCUCUGGCUGUUUUGUCAAAAAUAUAAAGAAGCAAACAGCUUGUAUAUAAUAAUACAGUAUUAUUCUCAUUUCUUAAACGUCUCUCUCAUUAAGCCUAAAAAUUAUCUCCCCUUGUGUGAACCAAUGGGUUUAAUGUUUUGCUUUAUUUCCCUCAGUAAAACAAAAACAUUACAGAACUUGUAAGCAGUCUCACACACAAAGUUAUCAUACAUAUUUAAAAGAACUGUAUUUAUUUUUAUUUUUUAGAUGGACUUCAUUAAGCGUGGGCUGAGUAAAAUCACAAGGGUGAAAACCAUUCCGGAAGAUCUGCAUGAGACGGCCUUGAACAGAUGUCUUAACACGUUUGACAUCACGCUGCUGGGCAUUGGUCACAUGAUCGGCGCAGGCAUUUAUGUACUAUCUGGUAUGUUGAAAUUAUAUUAAUUUAUUCACCAGUUUUAAAAGUAAUCGUAAAUUAACAAAUAAUUUAAUUUUGUCAUGGUUAAAAGUUAUUGUUGGAAUAAUUGCCUUGGUAUAUUCUGGAGCUCAAGUCAAUACGGUGUAGGAUUGAGUAGGGUAGCUAGACUUUGUGAUGCAUGGGGAAGACUGCCUUUUCUACCCUCCUCAACCUGCGCCAUUGGUAGAAUACUCUGUUGUGAAGUAUAAAAACUUCAAAAUUGGGCACCAGGGACAGUAACUCCACCUGUUACUGUCAACUAUGAUGAUUCUAUUAUUUACCCAUUAACUAUGCCAUGUGUUAGGAGAUCAGAAUCAUUUUGAAUGUAACAAUAUCAGACCUGUUUACCCUCAAACUCUUAAAAUCGUACAAUAUCAUCACAAAAUCAAUCAAUACAUUAUCUUAAUAGUAAAAUAAACAUCAGGAUAUAUAAUGUAUACACCUCAAAAUCGUACAUUGUACGCCACAAUCGUACGAGUAACAGGUCUGCAAUAUCUGCUUGAUGCAGAAUCUUUUUUUAAAAAAUUUAAAAAACAAUUCAUCUUUGAUUCUGUUGUUAAAUGGUAAAAUUUUGGUGAUAAGAAUUUUGUACCACCUAAUGACACCAAUCAAUCUGUCAAGUACCAUAUGAAUUUUAACAAUGUAAUUUCUAAUUGUAUUUUCAUGUUUUAAUUUUAAGUCAUGUCAUAUUGCAAAACUAGUAUUAAAAAAAAACAAAAAACAUAGUAUUAUGCAUAUUCUGUUACAAACAAUUUCCAAUAACCAGGCACUGUGGUACAUGACAAAGCUGGACCUUCAGCUGUUCUCAGUUUCCUGUUUGCUGGCUUUGCUGCCCUGCUCAGUGCUAUGUGUUAUGCUGAAUUUGGUGCAAGAAUACCUAAAGGUUAGUUAAAAAGUGAUCACUGUCCAUGGAUUGUCAAAUUGUUUUGAAUUCCUUGAACUUUUAAAGGAAUGGAUCGCCUAUGAAAUAUUUGUGUGUUAAAAUAUAUAUUAAAAUUAAAGAUUUGAUAAUUUAAAUUUAUAAAUAUCCUUUUCCAGCAAAUUACUGAUUUCUUUGCCAUAUAUAGUUAGAUAAAAGAAUUGAGUGUGACAUAUUUUUAUGCCAUUAACACUAUUACAUGUAAUCAAUCAAUAUUAUAAUUCCCUAUGCAUGAAAGAAGGUACCAAACAAUUGUGAGUUUUAUAAAGUGCAAAAUAAAAUUCAUGAUAACUGAAAAAUACAGCAAGUGCGUUUGGUGCAUUUUUUACUUUUGUUUCAAAGAAAAGUCUCAAUUAAUAUAUGUUUAAAAAAUCAGCUGUGUUAAAGGGGGUGGGACAUUAGAUUAUUAAUAUAGUUCAGGGGUGUGGAAAAAAAGUGUGCUGGGGCAUAGGGGUUGGGGGGGGGGGGGUGUUAAGCACUAAUUGGGAUUUUUUUAAAGUGCCCUAUUUGAAUUCAUGUUUUAUCAGCUAACUUUAAUGCAUAGUAAGCUCAGGCAUUGACUCUGCCACUAUUUAGCAGCCUAUAUCUAGUUAUAACUAAUAAUUAUCAUUGUUUAUCACUGUGAAAAAAGACAAGUUGGAUUCUACUUGUACUAAAUUAAAAUUGUUCACUAAAUCAACUUUUAGAGGUUACUUUUUGUUUCAUAGCUGUAGAUGUAGUUAAGGUAUUUUCAUUCAAGAAGCCAAGAGGUUCAAACACUCUUUAAAAACCUACUACAUAGAUCUAAAGAUGAAGUAUUAUGAAGUUGAAAUUUAUUUAAUGCAAUGUUUAUAUUAUUUAACUUUGAGAAUCUUCCCACAGCUGGCUCAGCAUAUUCAUACACGUAUGUUACCAUUGGUGAACUAUGGGGAUUCCUGAUUGGGUGGAACAUUAUUCUAGAGCAUAUGAUUGGGGCAGCCUCUGUGGCAAGGGCAUGGAGUGGUGCCAUGGAUGCUAUCUUUAACAAUGCUAUUCGUAAUGGAACUAUUGAAGCCAUUGGUAGGUUUAAAAAUUUGUUUAAGACCAUUAAAAUUACAUAAAAUAUAUCUCUACUACAGUAAUUACUCAGGUUUGAGAUUUACUUAAACAAGGUAAAGAAUCAUUUUGGGGGCUUUAUAACGAUACAUGCUCUUUAACUCUUCAAGACCUGGGAUGAACAUAAGCAAAAAAAAAAAUGCAUGAGGACUAGUUAUUACUAUUAUGGUGCACACAUUUAAUAUUCUUUAUUUCAUUAUUUAAAAUAAAUUUUAUCCCUACCAUUACAUGCAAGAACUGCAAACACUGUGCUAGUCCCUCAAUUCUAUAAAUUUACACAGUUCCUUCAACACUAUCCUGGUCCCUAAAUUCUAUAAUUUUAUGCACUUCCUUCAACACUGCGCUAGUCCCUCAAUUCUAUAAAUUUAUGCAGUUCGUUCAAUACUGCGCUAGUCCCUCAAUUCUAUAAAUUUACACAGUUCCUUCAACACUGUGCUAGUCCCUCAAUUCUAUAAAUUUAUGCAAUUCCUUCAACAUUGUGCUAGUCCCUCAAUUCUAUAAAUUUAUGCAGUUCGUUCAACACUGCGCUAGUCCCUCAAUUCUAUAAAUUUAUGCAGUUCCUUCAACACUGCGCUAGUCCCUCAAUUCUAUAAAUUUAUGCAGUUCCUUCAACAUUGUGCUAGUCCCUCAAUUCUAUAAAUUUAUCUAGUUCCUUCAACACUGUGCUAGUCGCUCAAUUCUAUAAAUUUAUGCAGUUCGUUCAACACUGCGCUAGUCCCUCAAUUCUAUAAAUUUAUGCAGUUCCUUCAACACUGCGCUAGUCCCUCAAUUCUAUAAAUUUACACAGUUCCUUCAACCCUGCGCUAGUCCCUCAAUUCUAUAAAUUUAUACAGUUCCUUCAACACUGUGCUAGUCCCUCAAUUCUAUAAAUUUACACAGUUCCUUCAACCCUGCGCUAGUCCCUCAAUUCUAUAAAUUUAUACAGUUCCUUCAACACUGUGCUAGUCCCUCAAUUCUAUAAAUUUACACAGUUCCUUCAACACUGUGCUAGUCCCUCAAUUCUAUAAAUUUACACAGUUCCUUCAACACUGUGCUAGUCCCUCAAUUCUAUAAAUUUAUGCAGUUCCUUCAACAUUGUGCUAGUCCCUCAAUUCUAUAAAUUUAUCCAGUUCCUUCAACACUGUGCUAGUCCCUCAAUUCUAUAAAUUUAUCCAGUUCCUUCAACACUGUGCUAGUCCCUCAAUUCUAUAAAUUUAUGCAAUUCCUUCAACACUGUGCUAGUCCCUCAAUUCUAUAAAUUUAUGCAGUUCCUUCAACAUUGUGCUAGUCCCUCAAUUCUAUAAAUUUAUACAGUUCCUUCAACAUUGUGCUAGUCCCUCAAUUCUAUAAAUUUAUACAGUUCCUUCAACACUGUGCUAGUCCCUCAAUUCUAUAAAUUUAUGCAGUUCCUUCAACAUUGUGCUAGUCCCUCAAUUCUAUAAAUUUAUACAGUUCCUUCAACAUUGUGCUAGUCUCUCAAUUCUAUAAAUUUAUGCAGUUCCUUCAUUUUUACAGGGUUAAGUAGAAUAUUAAAAUUUAAAAAAAUAAAAAAUUUCUGUCCACUUUAAAUGGAAUUUUUUUGUUUGACAUAAUUUAUUCAAACCAUCCUAACCUCUCUCUCAUUACCAGCCCAAUCACUCUUAAUCAUAAAAUGUUGCCCCACCACAAAAUGCAGUAAUAUAUUUUUCUGAAUUUGCAACAGUUUAGAUUUUGUUUUAUAAUAAGAUGUUUAUCAAAGGGUCUCUUCAUUACAGUACUUUUAAUUUAUGUUUGCCAAAUUAACAAUUUUUUUUUGUUUUCAGGUCGACUGUCUCAUGAUAACGAAUGGAUUUCAGAAUACCCUGAUCUUGUAGCUACGGGGAUCACCCUCGUAGCUUUCAUUAUCAUUGGCAUUGGAGCCAAAGCCUCCAUUAAUUUUAACAGUGUCUUCACCAUCCUCAAUGCUUUAGUGCUGCUGUUUAUCAUCAUUGCUGGAUUCUGCUUUGCUGACACAAGCUUGUGGUCUACCAGCUCAGGGUGAAGUUUCCCUUUUUUUUUUCAUGUGUGUUAUCGAUUUGUUGGUAUUCUUCGAAGUUAAGAAGAGUAACAAUAGAUAUAAAUAACACUUUUGAGAGAUUUUGAGAUCAAACUUGAUGGAUACCAUUGACACUUAGCACAUACCGUUUUAUUUAUGAAUGUACAGACCAUUAGUGUAAAAAAAAAAGGGGAAAACUUGUGGAAAGGAACACAAAAAUUGCUUUGGCUAAAAUCUCUUCUUAGCCAUAAAACGUUGUUAUAUGUUAUUUUUUUUUUUCAAAUCUUGAAAUACAAUUCAAUUAAAAUCAAUUUUACAUUUCGUCUCUUUUAAUAUUUUGAGAAUUAAACAAAAGUUCAGACCAUUAGUGUAAAAAAAAAAGGGGAAAACUUGUGGAAAGGAACACAAAAAUUGCUUUGGCUAAAAUCUCUUCUUAGCCAUAAAACGUUGUUAUAUGUUAUUUUUUUUUUUUUCAAAUCUUGAAAUACAAUUCAAUUAAAAUCAAUUUUACAUUUCGUCUCUUUUAAUAUAUUGAGAAUUAAACAAAAGUAUGAUUGUCAAAUGUAACAAAAAAGAUUUUGAAGAUUGAAAUAAAACUUUUUUCAGCCAUGGAGGAUUUUUCCCUUUUGGAUUUGGCGGUACUAUGUCCGGGGCUGCCACCUGCUUUUUUGCUUACAUUGGUUUUGAGGGAAUAGCCAUAGCCAGUGAGGAAGCAAGAGAUCCAGAGAAAAGCAUCCCUCGAGCGACAGUCCUAGCUCUCUUCAGUGUCACAUGUCUCUAUCUGUUGGCAACUUCUAGCUUGACCCUUAUGGUGCCAUAUUAUGACACCAAUACAUCAGGUCAGCUUUUAAGACAGAAAAGAAAAUCAUUCAAAUUUUUUAUAGCUGUCCUUGAAAUGUUGCACAUGAUAUCUAAAAAUAGUUCAUAGCUUGGUCAAAUGAAAAAAUGUUACAAUUAAAUUUAUUACUGGUAAUUAUAUUUCAAAAUCAUGACAAUAAACCUGAAUUAAAUACGGUUCUUAAAUGUUUCAGUAAACAACAUUUUAAAUAAAUUUAAAGAGAUAAAUAUUUGAAAACAUAAAUCUUCCAUUUGUGAUAUCCUCAUUAUUAUUCCGUAAGGUAGAACUUUGAAAAAGAAAAAAAUUAUGUAAAUAUUUAAAUUGUUGCAAAUACCCAAAAACCAAUUGUAUCUCUCCCCAGCUGCUUUCCCAUUUGCAUUUGCUGAGGUCGGAGCACAAUGGGCGAAAUACAUUGUUGGUGUCGGAACACUCCUGGGGAUCAGCACAUCCUUAUUAGGCUCUGCCUUUUCUCUUCCCCGAUCCGUCUAUGCGAUGGCUGAAGACGGCUUGUUGUUUCAUAUCUUUGCCUACGUGCACCCAAAGACACAAGUAAUGUAUAAAAAUGAGCUCUUGAAUUUAUAUUAAAUUUUCAAAUAAGUGGUAACAUACCAAAGAAUGCGAUUACCAUCUUAUAAUCAUAAUUUGAGCACUUGUAACGUCGUAAUCAAAGAAUUAAUAAUUUUUUAAUUUUAAAAAAAAUGUUUAUCUUACAGUGCUUAUAUCAAAGUACAAAAGUGAAAUGGUAAAAUGAGAUUGUAAAAUUGUUUACAUAAGCUUGAAAAGUUGAAAAAUAAAAGAUGCUUUUACUAGCAGGGAUCAUCAUAAUCCCCAUAUUAUUAUGAAACUGCCUGUAUUGGAAUAAGAAAACGUUAAAUACCAGUUUGAGUUGAAUACCAGUUAACGUUAAAUACCACUUUUAUCAUGUGGGAAUAAUCCAGACCUGUGAGAAAUUGUAAAUAAGUCAUAAUCCACAGACCUUGUCGCCUAGUAGGUAAUGAGCCUCUUGGUCGAGGUAAUAUUACAGUUCAUAUGGUCACAGAAUAAAAAGUUUGAUAUCAUCAAUGAGAAUCGUUGUUAUAUUUGCAGACUCCAAUCUUUGCUGUGAUUGUGUUUGGUGCCAUCUCAGCUCUCAUGGCCCUCCUCUUUGAGAUCACGACUUUGGUUGAGUUCAUCAGUAUCGGAACACUUUUUGGCUACACCAUUGUUGCCGCCAGCAUCAUCAUACUCCGCUAUCAGCCUGUCAAUAAAUGCCAGUUUAAGGUGUGUGUGUUGGCAAAGGACAGUUGAGACCAUUAGAGGAAGCAAAAUAUAUCUCUUCACAAUAGUUACAUAUGAAUCAGUUUUAAAAAAAAAUUAAGAUUUAAAUAGACAUUACUAGACCUUUUGCGAAUUAAAAAAAAAAAAAAAAAAUUAUAUUAAUAUUUAAUUCCUUUAAAUUUAGUCAUAACUAGAAUUUAGCUGAAUAAUGAUUUUUUUUUUUUUUUUUAAAAAGUCUAAAAUUUUUCUAAGCAAAAAAAAAUCAAAACAUUUACAUUAAAAUUUAAGAAAAACUAACAUCCAUGUUCACUUUUUAUUGCUAAUGACUUUACCUUAUUAAUUUCUGGGUACAUAAGCAUCAUCAAAAGUAUUAUAAUAAUUUGGGCAUGCUGCUUACAGUGAGAUGCGGAUGGUAUGGUAAUGGUAUUUGUUAUCUUCCCAACUUAGCUCAAGCCUGAUGGUCAACAAGAAGUGUCUGGUGUUACGGACAGCUCAAUGGUCACUGUGAGCGAGACAACUCCAUUAUCUAAAUCUGAUCCCACAACGCCUGUUAAAGUAAGAUUUUCUUGUUGAAAAUUUCAGUUUUGAUCCUUUCAAAAAGCAUGUUGCAUAUUAUGUUAACAAGUUAACGUCCUCAUUGAUCUGAAGUCAACAUGUUUCCGUGGGGCGACUCUUAACAAAAAAAGAAGUUUACAAAUUAAAAAGCUCUUACUUGCAACAAAUUAAAAAGCUCUUACUUGCAUAUGGCACGUGGAGCUGUGCUAUAAUGAUAGGAAGAUUGUUUUAGAAUAACCAUGGUUGGACACCAGAGGCUACAGGUUGUUGUCAUUUUUUGUUGUUGUGUGUGCGGUUGGGGGGGGAUUACAUUUACCAAUGACCACUAAAGCUAAAGCACAUCAUCCAUUUUGUAGAUAAAUCUUUUAUAUCAUUUUUGAAAAUUUAAUUAGCAAACAGAUAAAAGUGGAAUGUUGCCCAAGUCAAAAAGUCAUGAUGACUUUGGUCGCUUAAGACAGAAUUUGCGGGAGGUCCCAAUACUGCGCCGCUUUGAACCUGGUGACGGUGUGAAGAGCGCAGUUGUUUUGAUGGGACUUUUCAUGGUUGGACUUUGGCUUGUUGUCAUAGAAGGGGCAGAGUAUUUAAGGGUGAGUAAAAUAAUGUUUAUAUUGCUCUGAAAACUAUCAAGAUGUUUAAAAUUCAUCUUUCAUUAUUAAUGCAUUAUUUUGUCUCCUUUAGCUUAUUUCAUUAGUUCCAUAAUGCAGACACUGUAUUUAUUCUAGACACUGUAUUUAUUCUCUGGAAUUUGUAGCUUCAAAUAUAGUUUCAUAUAAUCACUAAUUUCAUGAAAAAAAUAAAAUAGAUAAUAAUGUAUAUAAGGAAAUAAAUUAGAAGAUUAUCACAACCGUUGACCAGUUGUCUUCUUCUCUUUCAUAGAUGAAAAAUUAAAUACCUUGAUUAAAUCUCUAAUUAAAAUAAAGACUAACAAAGAGUUAAUAUUUGUUUAAAGUUUCAAGCACUUAAAUUUAAAACUGUUGAAUAAACACCCCCCACUCCCNCCCCCCCACUUUUUUUUUUUACUACAGGUGGCAACAUGGUGGGCUGUAGUGCUUGUUGUCCUCUUCAGUAUUCUUAUUGUUAUCUUUUACUUGGUCAUUGUUGCACAUGAAAAAAAUGAUGCUUUUCUGACUUUCCAAGUAAGUUUUUAAAAAUUUAAUAAUAAAUUCCUUGUAUUAUUAUACUUCUUAAAAAUUAUAAUUUUAAAAAAAUCUAACAGAGCAGAGCCGUUCUAAGGAGUUUGGGGGCCCUAAGCAUGGAGCGUAGGUUGGGGGCCCGGAAGGAGGGGUCCGAUCGCUAUUUAUACUUUCCCAUUCCCACGGCCAAGCCCCCGAUUUCCUGUCUGCCAUCCCCAAAGCUCACACUUGCUGCUUUGCUUCCCCUGCCUCCGAAUUCAACUCAGAAUGAUAAAUUUCAGGAUGAGGAAGGUAACGUGAGUGACACAGACGGCUGCAGUGAUAGUUAAAAAAAAAAACGGGGGAUCAAGGGUGCCUCACGGGGGCCCCCUCACGUUUGGGCAUUACGCGGAUGCGUAGUCAGCAUAUGCCUAAGAACGGGCCUGAUCAGAGCAGUAACUCCCUCCACUUUAAAAAAAAAAAGAGAAAACACCCACUAACCAAGAAUUAACUUGUCAAGCAUUUCACUGAAGCAAAACAUUUUGUAAAAAAAAGUUCAACUUUUUUUUUUUAACCUCUUAACCAACAGAUACCAUUUGUACCAUUGCUGCCGUCACUGAGUAUGUUAAUAAACAUUGCCCUAAUGCUGUCACUGACAAGACUGACCUGGCUUCGGUUGGUUAUCUGGAUCACUGUGGGUAAGUCACUUUUAAUUGAAAAGGUAAACUCUGAAAUCAAUCCUGUAGAUUGAGUUCCGAAGGUGUUAUGACACUGACAUGAUGAAGAGUCUGACAACUCCAGCGACGUAGAACCCAUAAAGUGUAUAGCAAAACACAAAGCUGGUUAUCUACUGCGUCCUGGUCUGUUUCCAGCCCUCACUAAGUCUUGCCGUUGCUUCAAAUAGGGAAGGACGAGAGAGUGGGGUUGACAAAGUGAACUACUCUCACUCACUUUAAACAAAAUACAGCUCAAGUCAAGGACACUAAACAAGUAGAUCAUUGUCUUGGACAUCUUUGUGUGCAAAGAGGGACAAACACUAAUUGAGUGUUUAAAUGAGGGUUUAAGUUUUAUUUAAGACCUUAUGUGCCAGUACUUUUUAUAUAUUCAAGGUAUAGCGAAUGUAAUUUCAUUAGUAGUCCUUGUUUCCUUAUUAAGUUCUUUUCUAUAAUACCAGUGUAGGAAAAAAAGUAUUUCUUGCCCACAUUAUUGCUAGAUGAGUAGCCUACCUUGUUUUCAGUGGAAUAGUCAGAUUUUUAUAUUUUAAAAAGAUAUACUCCUCAUCUUCUAACAAAAAAAUGUUCUCUCUAAAUCUUAAAUUUGUAUAUGGUGACAAGCUGCUGUUCUGUAUUGGUUAGACUACAACUAGUUAUAAAAAUACUUAACUAAUGAUACAGCAUAGCUGUACAAAGUGAAUGUUUGGCGCUCAAAUGUUAUAAAGAUAUAACAUUAAUUAUUUCUACAGAAAAAGGAGUAUUAUCCUCUAAAAAGGUACACAUGGCAUUUCUAUUUGAAUGUGUCAUAUGUACAUUAGAAGAAAACAAAAACUUCCCUUCUGAAGAACUUAUAGGUUGCACAUACACUUUUGAUUUAAAAUUUCUUUCAAAUAAUUAUAAAAAUUUGGUAAAACUAAUCUGGAAUAACGAACAAUUCAGUGUGAAUAAGCCAAUUUUAAUGGCAAAUAGGAUUACCAGUUUUAAGGUACCUCAAGUUUGUAAUCUUAUUAGGCAUUAGUAAAUAUUCAUGUAUAAAUUUAUAUAUGUUUUUAAUUCUCAGGUUUACUUGUAUAUUUUGUGUACGGCAUUCACUACAGUAGAGAGAACAAAAAAAUCCAAGGUUAUGGACCCAUGGUAGAGUACAAAGGGGAUGCAACAAUACCUGAAAGUUCAAUUUCUGGGAUGAAAGAAGAAGUUAAGGAAUUACAGCCAGCUAGGAAGGAAGAAGGAUUAUAUCAGUAAGAUUGUGGACAAACUAGAAAUUUUUUAAAAAGUUACUGAAAUUUUCUUUUUUUGCAAAGAUAAAUAAAAGUUUGAUAAAAACUUCAAACAAAGCUGAAUACAUGUAGGCCUACUACAGUUAUCACAUGACAUUAAUCCAAAGUCCACUUAAGUCAUUAAUUUCAAUUGAUAGUAAUCUCACAAAGGCAAAUUGGUUAUUUAAUUUGUAUAUUUCUUAAGUAAAUAUGAAAAUUAUUUUGGAAAAUGUGCUGGUGAUUACUUACUAUUUCUUCUUCUAUAUCUUAAGGGCCCACGAUCAAUUUAUUGAUCAUUUUGGCGCCUAUGCAUGUAGAUGGGAUUUGCAAUGUUUCUGUUACUGGUGUUGAUGAGGAAAUCAUGCACUAGGGGUUUGAAGGCUUGAGGCAAUAGACAAUAUUUACUUGAGGCAAUAUUUACUUAAGUUAGCAUGAAAAAAUCUUGAAAAGAGCUUAUUCAUUGUCAUUCAUGAACCAAUUAUAAUUUUAAGUCAUACUUUAGUAAGAUUUUUAUAUCACAAGCAUUGAAAUUGAAUCAUUUUUGUCCAAUGCAUCAUAAAUUGCUCUUCUUAUGUGUUUUUGCUUGAUUUAGAUUAUGUUAUAAUUCUUAUACAUUUUUACCAAAAAUUAUAUUGAUAAAUUUUGGUUCAAAGAAAGAAUAAUUUGAAAGAUUUUGAUGCAGAACUUAUUUCCUAACAACACCUGGGCCAUUCAAAAUCAAUACACCUUGUGCCCAAUAAUUUUCAACAGUAAAAUUAAAAUUUUUGGCACUAAUCAACAUUUGAACUAAGGAAUCCCACUUUAAGUUAAUUAUUUGUUUUAUCAAAAUGUUCAUUUCCCUGUUUUAGUUUUUACUGUUAAAAACAUUUUAGAAAAGAAACAAAAAUCUUUAUGGUUGAAAAGAAGUUUGAAAACAGUUUCUUGAUGUAUCCAAAUUUUAAAUUUUAUAUUUUAUAUACCGUAUUCAAAUCUACUAAUGCUCAUUUCUGAAAAUAAUUAAUAGUUUUAAUAGGGGUGAUCAUCAAAAAAACCCAACUAUAAAUUAUUUAAUUUUACAACACGUAAGUCAGUGUUUAUCUGCAGCUGGAGGCAUAAAUGAAACUGCUGUACUUAAACUUAUCAUUUGUUAACCAGACAGUCUGAAUUCUGAAACCCUGGGCAGACUGUUCAAACACACAGUAUUGAAAAUCAAAAUAUUUUGUUAACACUUUUUAUUGCUCAAACAUUUUCCAUAAAGCCAAAGUUUCUUAAAAUGAAGUCUGAGUACUAUCCAAUGGCACAAAAUAAUACCACAUUCAAUGAAUAGGAUGGAAGAUGUUUAUCUCUUGCAAAUAUGCUCAUCUAGCAUAGCACAAUUUAUAUGUAGUAUUUUGCAAAUGUUUUUUUUUUGCUAACACAAACAUUAUUUGUUUCCUGUACACAGAUAGAGCUUUUAAAAUUCAUAUUUCAUUGAUCAACACAUCUAAAAAUAAUAUUUACCUUUCACUGUUGUCUAUUUUUUGUGAGUUGAAAAUAAAUGUACAGCUUUUUUAUUAAUAUAUUUCAAUAUCAGUGACCAGUUUUAAUAAUUAUUUCUAAGUAAGAUAUAACAUUUAACUUAACUUUGAACCUUUCCAGGAAACUCCCCUUUUCCUGGAUUUCUUGGGUUUUAAAUGUUAUGUUUAAAAUACAUCACUUAGAAACAUGGUAAAACUUCCUAAAUUAAAAAAAAAAAAAUUGAUGUUUGGACAGAAUUUUCAAGAUAUGAAAUUAAUAGUCAUUAAAAUUUAAAAAAUACAUGAGCAAGAUUCAUUUUUUUUAAUUUUAAAAUUGAUUUUUUUUUUUUGAAAGGACUUCUUUAAAAUAAUGGAUCUAUUGUUAAAUUUAAAAUUGAUCAACAUGAAUCAGAUUAUGUAGAAACUCUGUUGGUUAUUGCUGGUAAAUUUAUUAUUUUUUUAAUCAACAAAAACAUUUAGGCAAUAUUGUAUUGACUGUGUGAUCUGCCUUUGUGAAAAAUAUGUGCAUAAAAUUUGUGACAGAUAUAUAUUUUUGUGUAUUUUUCUGUGAUAUUUACAACAUUUUUUUCUUGUGAUUUUACCCAACAAAAUGUGUUCAUUAAGUUAUGGUCAUUUUUGUGCUGAGACCUGAGAUGUUUGUGUCAUUUAUAUUUACAAUGUUGCAAUAAAAAAAAAUGUGUUCUCUGUGGUCGAGGAUUUUUGUUGUUGCUGGUUUAUCUUUGUGGACUCUUAGUUAAUAAUUAAUAUAUUUACAUGGCUGGUGUUACGAACUGAUUCUGCCCAAAGGUUCGAUGGCUUCGUUGUCUAGGAGUUUAAUUUAAUUAACUUUACAAACCAUUGAUUAUUAAUAUUUAAAUACAAUGUCUUUAUUAACUAGAUCUCAACUGCCAUUACUCACAAGACCACACUACUCACAACAAUACCUAUACUUUAUAUCCCCUUUUAUACAACACGUCACAAGAUACCAAGAAUAAUAGAUAAAACGACACACAUAAUCUCUACACAACACGCAAUCACAAUAU